AAUGCAUAAACCCAGCCGACGUGGCACUCGACGUCGCCACGUCAUCCGACUCCUCCGCUCUCCACCGACCAAUCCCGCACCGCGCCUCCCCCUCUCCCGCACCGCCUCGCGCUGCUGGCGCCUAUGGCCCCUACGGCUCCACCGCCGCCGAACCGCGGUGCGCAUCCAGCGGCGAGGUUAGCGGCGGGUCCAGCGGAACGACGUCAAUAACCACGUCUAUUAAUCGGUGCAUGCGUGACGCGACUCCGGACCUGCCGGGGCUUCACCACUGCGACCAGUCGAGCGCGGAUUCGGGGAGCGCGGUCGCGCGCAGUAAUGCCGCUUCCGCUGCAGACUUCGCCAACGGCGCCGGCUCCGGCGGCGCAAGCGCGGGGAGCGAGAGGGAGGCGGCUCUGACGUCGCUUUCCAUGUCAGCGGGCGCUGCUGCCGCAAAAGCAGCUGCAGCGGCCGCGGCGGCGGCGGCUCCUGCUGUUCCUGCUCCUCUGGAACGACGAAUCGCGCCCCCCAUUACAUACUUGCAUCUCUACGAAUGCCCGGACUUUUCGAUAGGCAUAUUCUGCAUCCCUGCGUCGGCGUGCAUCCCGCUGCACAACCACCCGGGCAUGACGGUGCUGUCCAAGCUGCUCUAUGGCCGCAUGCACAUGCGCUCCUUCGACUGGGCCUUCCCCUCCGCACCUCCCGCCGCUGCUGCUGCCACACAACCGCGCCUGGCGGAGCUAGUGGAAGACCAGGUGAUAGCAGCGCCAUGCCCAGUGGAAAUGCUCUUCCCCACCAGCGGAGGCAACAUGCACGCUUUCACCGCACUCGCCCCGUGCGCGCUCCUAGACGUCCUCUCGCCGCCCUACAGCGUAGAGGCCGGCCGCCACUGCACAUACUUCCGAGAGCUGCCGGCCGAGCAGUUCCCCGCGCUGCCGCCCGGAGAGGGGCUGAAGGAGGGGCGGGAGUAUGGGUGGUUGCAGGAGUGCCAGCCUGGCAACAGCUUUUCUGUGCGCAGGGGUCAUUACCGCGGUCCCAGGGUUAUUGACAGGGCGAGGAUGCAACAGAAACAGGCGGAGCUAGCAGAAGCACAGGCGCAAGCUCAGGCCCAAAACCAAACACGAGUGCAGGCAGAAAAGGAGUCAGAAGCACAAGCACAAGCACAAGCACAGGCACAGACCCAGACCCAGACACAAGGGCAAGUGCAUUUCCAAAUGCAGAUGCAGCAGGUGCACACACCGACUGUUGAACAGAGUUACCUUCACAGCAUGGGAGCUCUGCUUGCCUUAGGACCCACAGCUUUCCCUGACACGGCUCCUGCUCCCCCUCUACCUCUGACAGUACGGGACAUGACUGCUGGUGGCGUGGGCAUGGGAGCAGGCGUGACAUCAAUAGGCGUGAAUGGCCCUGUGGCAGGUGUGACAUCCAUGGGGGGCGUGCGAGGGAUGGGAGGCAUGGUGGGGGCGAAGAGGAGAUGCAUGUCGAAUCGGAUUGCAGUGGCGGAGGAGAGUGAGGAUGCAGCCGGAUUGGAUGCGGCAGCAACAGGGGCUCCUCCCUGCGUCCCGCCACUCGCCUCUGCACUCCGUGCUGCCUCCUGCGCUGCGGAUGUGCCCUGCCCAGCCGACCAGGGAGAGGAGUUUAAGGAUGAGAGCAGCAGGGAGUGA